AUGAGUGUAGAAGAUCAGUCAACAACAAGCACUCCCUCUAUCUCAGGCAGUCGCCCCGUGUCUAUAGCCGCCUCAUUGACAAGCAAAGGAGGCUUCAUGAUCACUGACACAGAGCUAACCAAGGCCCAGCGGGCACUUACCAGAGAGUGCAUUGCAAACUUCGGGAAGAGUCUUUUUGGAGGUGAAAACAUCAUGAGGCGGUCCAUUCCAAUCAAGAAACUCGUUUGGGUGCCUAUGUCUCAGAUCCAACAGCUCACCCAACAGUUACUCAGCAAUCUGUCGUUUUUGCAACGAGCAAGCCUUGUAUCUGGUUUGGAGCGUUUUGAGCUGUGUGUGGCAUAUGUGAUCGGCUGUCUAUACCCAACUGUUGUAGACCAGCACAAAGCGUUCAAUCCUAUCAUAGGCGAAUGUUAUGAAGACUGCUUGCUCGUCAAGCAGGGAGAGGAUCAAGCAAAGGUUGACGUAACAGGAGAGCAGAUUGCUAAUCAUCCGCCUACCUGUCUAUAUACGCUAUACGAAGACGAUGCAGGUUAUAGAAUCGUUGGUGGCGCCGAGCUUGUCGUGUCCAUAGGGCUGAACAAAGUGAAAGUGGUUCGAAAAGGAAUCAAUAGCAUCUGCUUCGCGACAGGUAACCCUAGACGGAUAACCUUUGAAUUUCCGACCUUCCACCUUGUGGGACUGUUAUGGGGAGUUCGAUGGGGAUUCUUCUCUGGAGAACUUAUAAUACGCGGAUACGACUACGAAGAGAAUGCCUCACUUAGUGAGAUGUGCCCGCGUAUUCCUGUUCUACAGAAGAGCACGGAGCAUCAUAGAGAAGACACUAAUACAGCUUUCGAGUGCGUGGUCAGAUUUCAGCGGCGGAACAAUCUUAAUAAUGUAGAUGGAAGCAUUAUGGAUAAAAACAAUCUCCAAAAAUCCUUUGUUUCAGGGUCAUGGACAGACAGUCUCACAAUUGGCAACGUUCGCUACGAUAUAGUCACAAGCGAAACCAAUAUUUAUUCUACUUUCUCGAAAAAACGUCUCCCUAUGGACGGCUGUGUGCGAGAAGAUAUUACUACGUUCAUGGCUGAUGAGAUUGACAAGGCAAACUUGAUAAAGACUGAAUUGGAAGAACGACAGCGCAACGACCGUGCACUCAGAGCUUCGGGGCCUUUAAAAGCUUAA